UUGUUGGUCCGCGCUCUCGGGCGGUUGGUUUCCUGCGUCGGUCCCUCCGGUGCAGACCCCGCCGCCACCGCCAUGAGCAACGGGCAGACCACGGUCAUUCAGGUGACCAACCUGAACGCCGCCGUCACCAGCGAGCAAAUGCGGACGCUUUUUUCCUUCCUGGGAGACGUGGAAGAGCUGCGGCUUUACCCACCCGACAAUGCCCCUCUUGCUUUUUCCUCUAAAGUGUGCUAUAUUAAGUAUCGUGACUCUUCCAGUGUCGGUGUGGCCCAGCAUCUCACCAACACGGUCUUUAUAGACCGAGCCCUCAUAGUCGUACCAUGUGCAGAGGGUAAAAUACCCGAAGAAGCCAAGGCCCUUUCUCUCUUGGCACCAGCUCCGACAUUGUCCAGCCUGCUUCCUGGUGCAGGUCUGCUUCCUAUACCUACUCCUACACCGACUCCGUCUCCACUAGCAUCUGUUUUGCGAAGAGAGAAAGUGGAAGUACCAUUGCUCAGUGUCCCAUUUACCACAUUGGCAGCAACCUUACCAACACCACUGGAACCAGUCCUCCCAGCUCUUGGACAAAUUCUUCCAGCUCUAUCGCCUGCUAUAACUUCACUUGCUGACCUCCAACAACCACCACUAACCGGAAAUGUUGACCCCACGAAGGUUGAUGAAAUCAGAAGAACGAUUUAUGUUGGAAACUUAAAUUCCCAGACAACUACAGCAGAGCAACUACUUGAGUUUUUUAAACAAGUAGGAGAUGUUCGAUUUGUCCGUAUGGCCGGGGAUGAAACGCAGCCUACGCGAUUUGCUUUCGUAGAAUUCUCUGACCAGAAUUCUGUGAUAAGGGCCCUGACGUUCAAUGGAGUUAUGUUCGGAGACAGACCUCUAAAAAUAAAUCACUCCAACAAUGCCAUUGUAAAACCUCCUGAGCUGACGCCACAAGCUGCUGCAAAGGAACUAGAAGAAGUGAUGAAGCGUGUACGAGAAGCCCAGUCACUGAUCUCAGAGGCCAUAGAACCAGAAACUGGCAAGCCAGUUGAAAAGACCCAGAAGCUGUCCAGAACACGAUCUCGUUCCGAGUCCAGAUCCCGAUGGAAAAGGUCACGAUCAAAGCAUAGAAGCAGGUCACGCAACAGUUCCCGGACUAGGCAUAAAGAACACAGGAGAUCCAAAAGUCCUCAUAAGAAAAGUUCUCGAUCUAGAGACGGGCGCAAGUCAAAAAGCAGAUCACGUUCAAGGGAGAAGAAGAGAGACAAAGACAGAAGCAAAGUUAGGGAAAAAGAGAGAACGAAAGAGAAAACUGAUAGAAGAAAGAAGGAAAAACCGUCUUGGAGCCCCUCAAAGAGCCACUCCUCUGCAAGGAAGUCUCGCAGCAUGAGCAGGGAAGGGCGUAAAAGGAGGAGUCGAAGUCUUUCCAAAUCCCCCAGAAGUUCUAAAACUGGGAGGAAGGUUUCUAGAUCUCCUUCACCCAGAAGGAAAGAGAAGAAAAGAGGUAAAGAAAGGGAUUAUAGCCGAGACAAAAAGGAAAGCGAUCGUUCCACAUCUAAGAAAAAUAGCAAUAAGGACAAAGAAAUGAGAGAAUCAUCCGAUAAGUACAAGAUGAGGGAGAAGGAUGAUUUGGAUACUGUGAAUGAAAUCAAUGAAGGGGACUCUCGGCACAAUGGGAACUGUACAAUGAAUGAGUACAGUAAGUCAAGGAAAACAGAAGUGGCUUAAUCCCAUCCAUGACUCCUGAAUCAGCGGAGAACACACAGCCAAAAUACUAGUUGUUCAUUUGGUUCCACAAUGAACAUGACGUGGGCAUUAUGUCGCGUCCGUAGUAGAACUCUAUUGGAUUUUUCAUUUCGAGGGUAAACUACAGUGUUACCUAAGGGUAAUUUUAAUGCCGAAUCAUUUCCAAGUAUUGACAUUUGUAUAAUUCUUUUUUAUUUUUUAUUUUUUAUGUAUGUCAAUGGUCACCUCUGUAGAAAGUUACAAAAGCUGACAGUAAUCACUGGCAGUAAAACAAAUGGAUAUUUUAUUUUUAACACUACAGGGAACGGCGCUCAAAACUGUGUGAAAGUUUUUUUAACUUGUCAAAUAUCCCCUCAAAACUCGGAAACUGUAAGGGUAUGUUCACACAAUGGAUUUUGAAAAUCCGUCUACAAAAUAAAGAGCGGAAUCAGUUUUUUGUGAGGUUUAAAAUUUUAACCAAUGGAUAUGUACUUCAAUACACUGAAUUUCAGGUUGUGGUUUUUGGCUUUUGGAUCCUCAAACGCGCGGACACGUACAGAACGUUUUUUGAUGCUGCCCGGAUUCUUCCUCACCAUAGGGCAUGCUGCUUCUUUUUUUCACAAGAAAAAAAAAAAAAAAAGCAAGUGCUCCUCAUUGAAAUGAAUGGGAGGCUGUUUUGAUGUGUUUUUUUGGAGCUGGUUUGAGCUC